AUGCCUACUCUUCUUUUGCUCCUCUCUUUUCUUGUUGGAGUUACUGCGAAUCCUAAGAUUUUUUAUUUGAAAGACUUUCCUGCCCGUGAUAAUCACUAUGUGUAUGAUAUGGUGGAGAUCGGAGCCAACUUGUAUCUCGCUUCUAAUGAUGACUGGAUGUACUUGAAGAACAUUACAAUAAGAACAGGCGCCCACACAUAUACAUUGGAAAAACUGUUGGUGCCUAAUGACGAUGGAUCAGCAGCUAGUAUUCCAAUACCUGGCAACUUUUCUGUUGUAACUACUAAUAACAAUACUGUAACAUCAAAGUUAUCUGGUUUCUUCUAUUUUACCACGGCACUUCAAGCACAGGACCCAACGUUUCAUGUGUUCGUGGUUCAGACAACUCGAUCCGUUAGUGUGACCGGUAUGAAGUCUACUGUGGUCAUUCUGAAUACUCGACUCAAAACCUCCUGUCGACACCCACAGCCAUGGAAGACGUCAUAUGUGACUAACAUCAAACAGUCGCCGAAUACAAAUCUAUAUUUUCAUUGGGACAUGCCAUAUGACGAUUGGAUGAGUGAGACAAAUAAUACGUUCUUCCAAAAUCCUAUUGUAUUGAAAAAUGGAACAGAAAGUGUGCGAAUGUUUUUCGAUCACGUCGAGCCGCUUCAAAUCGGAUUGGAGUACUGGUACUUCACAGUUGAUGGCCCCGUUAGCAUGGACAUGGAGAACAAGUUCGUGAUCGAUGAUGACUACAAUGCGACUGCGGCUUCUACCACCGGAGUGGUGAUCAGUUAUUUUGGUAUUUACGACCAUUUUGUGAAAUUCCGAUCACAAGACUCUCUAGGUGUAGCUUCCGGAACUAUUACUUCUGCGUUCAUAGACAGAGACUCUUAUCUCGACAUUGAACUUCGGUACUUCUUUAUUGGGGGCUCCUCCAACGUGUACGAUGGCUAUAACAAUAUUGGAGUACAAUCAUGGGACUACCAGCUAGCGGAAACACUAUACGUCCAGCUACGCGACGAGGGGAGCUUUUAUCUCCAGUAUUUUAAUUUCGUUGGGGAUUUGUGGCAAACCAGUACAAUUGGAAACAAUGUGACAUCUACUACUCCUGUCCCAACAACGCAUAAAAAUGGAUCGUCUGCGGUGUUUGCUAUGGAGGUUGUCGUUCUGGUUCUGAUGGCUUCAUUGGUUUUAUGA